AAAUUCGAUCGACUUAGUUAUUUGAAGUGAAAAUUAAAUGAAUAUCCAUCGAUUAAUUUCUAAUUUCAAGUGAUAUUUUAUAACAAAAAUAAUUAAAUGGUAACUGAAACAAUGGCAAACGGUUCGAAUGUGACGUGGGAUCCAGCCCUUAGUCGAUUACUGUCAUCAUUAGAAAAUGCUCAAGAACAAAAAGAACUGCCAUCGUCUGAAGAUGAAUUUGUAUUUUUAAGUGAACUACUAAAAUCCAAAGAAUUGCAUGCCCUAGUGAGUGCUCAUAAUAAAAUUAAGGGUUCAACUACAAGUAAAAAAUUUUUCCCAUUACUCUCUACAUCAAUGCAAGUUAUGAUGGAUGUCCUAGAAGUUCUCGCAUCACGUACACAUGUCUCAGAAGAUUGUAAAGAAUUGUUUUUUCUAUUACAACGACCACAUAUUCAAGGAAUACUGUGUGCUCAUGAUGCUGUAGCACAAAAGGAUUAUUACCCUCAUUUACCUGAAAUCCCAUUGGAAGUUGAUGAAGAUGAAGAGACUAUUAAGAUUGUACAACUUGUUAAAAGUAAUGAACCAUUGACUGGCGCUCAAAGCGCAGAACCAAUUGUGGGUGCAACAAUUAAAACAGAUGAAGAAACUGGUAAAAUAGUGAUUGCACGUAUCAUGCAUGGUGGAGCCGCUGAUCGAUCUGGUUUAAUACAUGUAGGCGAUGAAGUUAUUGAAGUGAAUAAUAUAAAUGUCGAAGGGAAAACACCAAAUGAUGUUCUUACAAUAUUGCAAAAUUCCGAAGGUACAAUAACGUUUAAAUUAGUACCAGCUGAUAGUAAAAACGGUAUAUGGGAGAGUAAAGUACGGGUUCGAGCAUAUUUCGAUUAUUGUGCAUCGACUGAUCCGUAUAUUCCAUGUAAAGAAGCUGGAUUAGACUUUCAAAAAGGUGAUGUCCUCCAUAUCGUAUCACAAGAUGAUGCAUAUUGGUGGCAAGCACGUAAAGAGGGUGAUAAAAAUAUGCGCGCUGGUUUGAUACCAAGUCGAGCAUUACAAGAGCGACGAAUUAUACAUGAGCGUAGCCAAAUAACAAAAGAUAGUAAAGAAGAAGUAGUUGGGUUGUGUUCUGUUGCAGUCGCUCCUGUUGUGAUGUCUUGUGCGCCACAAUCUCCUAAAUCCCCUAGGUGUACAACCAUUAAAACUAAAAAAAUUAUGUAUGACACAGCGGAAAAUGAUGAUUUCGAUCGUGAACAAAUUGCCACAUACGAAGAAGUUGCAAAAUUAUAUCCCCGUCCUGGUAUCUAUCGUCCAAUUGUGUUAAUUGGUGCACCUGGUGUUGGUCGUAAUGAAUUGAAACGUCGUUUGAUUGCAACAAAUCCUAAAAAAUAUAAAACUCCAAUGCCAUAUACAAGUCGUGAAAAACGUCCAGCGGAAGUGAAUGGUCAAGAAUACUUUUUUGUUGAACGAAGUUACAUGGAAAAUGAAAUCGAAAAAGGGAAUUUCAUUGAAUAUGGGGAAUAUAAAGGAAAUUUGUACGGUACUUCGUUAGACAGUGUAAAAAUGCUCGUGCACGGUGGUUUUGUAACUAUUUUAAAUCCACAUUAUCAAGCGUUAAAAUUACUACGUUCGCCACAAUUAAAACCGUACAUAAUUUAUAUUAAACCGCCAUCGUUAGAAGUGUUAAAAGAAACGAGAGCGUUAGCGCAUGCACGCUCUACAUUUGAUGCAAACAAUUCUAGAGGUUUUACUGAUGACGAAUUUCAUGAAAUACUUCAUGCAUCAUCUCGUAUUGAAUUUUUAUACGAACAUUUAUUUGAUGAACAAAUUGUAAAUGCAGAUUUAGCAACAGCAUUUGAACAAUUAGUAACAGCUGUGAAUAGGGUUGAAACGGAACCAUUAUGGGCACCCGCUUCAUGGGUACAAUAAAUUUAUCGAUCAUUUUCUAUUGAUUUAAAUUUGUCUUAUUACGUUUGCAAUUUUCUAUCUCAAUUAGUUUUCGACUUAAUUUAUAUUUGUUGACUGAUUUUAAAAAAAAUUACAUAAUUAACGUACGCGUACAGACUUUCUACGCCACUGUUGUGUUAAUAAUUAGCAUAGGCUUAGGUAAGGACUUCUAAUCAAAACUUUAAUAAGAAAUUGGGAGUUGAAAAAGCAUACUUCAAUUUUCGGGAUUCUGUUUAGUUAAAUUAGGCACCAACAAGUGAAAGGAGUUAAUUCUAAAAAGGUAGGUUUGAAUUUACAUCAUUAUAAAUCGUCUUACAAUUAAUAAGCAAUAUUAGAAACAUGUUUUCCGAAAAUUUAGUCUAUCGAAUGUUUAUACUUUAUAUAGCCAUGUGAAAAAUUCUUCUUAACGUUAAAAUUUUCUAUAAAAUUGCCGUCCAUCAGCGUUUUUCCUUUUCUUUUCCCUUUUACCUUUCACUCAGUUACUAUUAUUUUUUUUUAAUUUAAAUUGGGACCAUUAUCAAUUUGGCAUAUACGAAAUGGGACGAAAAAAUUUUAAGUAUAUAUUCUUUUUAAAAACAUGGCUAUAUUAUAAACGAUAUUUCGAUUCCGUAAUUAGAAAUAGUAAAGCUGUCGCCAUUUUGUUAUUUAGUGACAUCUAGUGACAUGAGUAUAUCAGAAUAUAGUCCUUAAAAUAGUUGCCUUACUACAGGCAUGUUGAAGUUUGUUCUGAGUUAGGAGAAGAAAAACAUAAAAUAUUAACUAUUUAUUUGCUGAGAUAUAAUAACGCAAAGUUAAAACAUUUUAUUGUUGAACAGAAACAACUAUAGUAAGAGUAUUGUGCACUACAUGCUUAUAUACUCUUACCCCGCAUACAAUCUCAAACUUUUUGAUAAUAUUGCAGCAACCUUAACAUCAAAAACUACUUUCUAAAUGUCUAUGCUCAGCUUUUUCACAUAAAAUGGCGUAGAAAAACGUUUAAACAGGUACGAUGACGAUCGUUGUGU